AUGGGCAACCUCAUCAGCGCGCUUGUCAAGAACAUUGCACCUAUCUUCAUCGCAACGAGCCCCAUCACCAGCUAUGGCGACCAGAUCUACUCGAUGCACCGCACGCGCAGCUCGGCCGGCUUCUCCCUCGACAUCCCGCUCAUCAUGCUCGUCGCCAGCAUCCUCAAAGUGUUCUAUUGGUUCGGCGCGCAUUUCAGCACUUCGCUGCUCGUCCAAGCCCUCCUCAUGAUCCUCGUCCACCUGCUGCUUCUCCACGUCGCCCUCACCAACCGCCCCGCGCCCUCGCACCUCCCCUUCCAGCAUAAUCCCGUCUCGAACCGGCCGUACGAGUUUUGGCAGUGGAGGGCACCGAGGCCAUAUUGGACCUUCAUCACCUACUUUAGUGGAGUAUUGCUGGUGUUGCAUCUGUUGAUGUCGUCGACAGCCAUGUUCACUUCCUACACCAAUCUCCUAGGCAUGAUUGCUCUUACUAUCGAAGCCACCCUCCCGAUUCCCCAACUGCUCGCAAACUGGCAGCGUAGAGGCUGCCUGGGAUUCCGUCCCAGCGUCAUUGUCAACUGGGUCAUUGGCGACACGUUCAAAAUGUGGUUCUUCUUUGCCAGCAGUAACGGCGAGGUACCUUGGGUAUUCAAGAUAUGCGGCAUCUUCCAGGCCUGCUGUGAUUUGGGCCUUGCCGUCCAGUACCUCGUUUGGGGCGAUGGGCCCUUGGGUGCACAGGGCACGGGACGCGAGAAAGAGGUGCGUAGUCCGUUACCGGAGGAGGACGGCGUCCUGAGUGACAAGCUAGGGCAAAGCGGUAUAGGGAGUGGCGGGAUAGCUAUUGAGAUGGACGAGGGGACAGCUUGGGAGAGGUCGAGGGUCGUUGCUGCAUAG